UCUUAUCUGGGAGGAUUUUUUCCCCCAACUGAAGCAUGAACCGUUGUUAAGUGGAAAAUGGAGGCUGAAGUUUACAUGGCGAUCCUAACCUGCCUGAUCCUCGGGAGCUUGGAGGGGUUCCAGAUAGUCCAUGUCCGUAAACAGCAAUGUCUUUCUGUAAAUCAGAAAGUGAUUAUGGGCUCAUGCGAUGGCACCAGCCAGAACCAGCAAUGGCUGUCGACCGAGGAUGGGAAGCUUCUUCAUAUUAAAUCUGGAUCGUGCCUGGGCAUCUCCAACUCUUCCAGGGGUCCUUUCCGACCUGCAGUCUCCACUCCCUGUGCCCAGGCACCCCGAUGGACCUGCCAUGACCAGGAAGGCUUCCUUGAGGUGGAAAAUACCUCUCUCUUUCUCAAGAAACAAAACCGUAAGGUGGUGGUCAGGAAGAUCAGUAAAUACCUCGAUAGCUGGAUGAAAUUAGACACCAACAAGGAGGGGAAGCUGGUCAAUGAAAGCCUCUGUGCAAAGCAAGCUGUCCUGGGGACAGAAGUCUCAGUUCGGAUUGCUAGAAACUCGGCUGCUCCACAGAUCCCCACUACUUUUAAUACCAUUCCAUAUAGCUCAGAACACAUUAGGAACAGCACUGAGGCAUUCCUCCGGAACACUGCAGGGACCUACAGUCAAAGCAGCAGCAAGAGAGAUCUCCCAAGUCUGCACACAGCUGGAACUAUGCACACAGCUGGAACUACGGACACAUCCUGGAGUCCUUGGACUACUCCACCUCUCCUCAGCACCACCACAGAGGCUGCACUGGCAGAGCUAGCGAGAUGUAACUUCACGCUGCUGGAGUCCACGGUCUCCAGCUUGUCGGCCUCUAUCCAGUGGAGGACUUUGGGGUCACCCUGUAACUUUAGCCUCAUCUACAGCAGUGAUACCUCACGGCCCAUGUGGUGCCAUCCCAUUCGAAUAGACAACAUCACCUAUGGAUGUAGCCCCAAGGAUUUACAAGCAGGGACCACCUAUAACUUCAGGAUUGUUUCUCUGGAUGGAGAAGAGAGAACUCUGGUCUUACAGACAGAUCCCUUGCCUCCUGCUAGGUUCGAAGUCAGCCCUGAGAAGACAUCUUCAACCACUCUGCAGGUGAGGUGGCUGCCUUCUUCUGGAAAAGUCACCUCGUAUGAGGUGCAACUGUUUGAUGAUAACAAUCAAAAGAUACAAGAGGUCCAAGUUCAAGAAAGUCCCACAUGGAACCAAUAUACUUUUUUGAAUCUCACUGCUGGCAAUAAUUACAAAUUCGCCAUCACAGCUGUUUCUGGAGAAAAACGUUCAUUUCCCGUGUAUACCAAUGGGUCAACAGUGCCAUCUCCAGUGAAAGAUAUUGGCAUUUCCCCCAAUCCUAAUUCUCUCCUAAUUUCCUGGUCUCGUGGCUCUGGGAAUGUGGAACAAUACAGGCUGAUGCUCAUGGAUAAAGGGACUUUAGUUCAAGAUAGGAACGCGGACAAGCAUGACACUUCUUAUACUUUCCAUGGACUAACCCCUGGACACCUCUACAAUCUCACUAUUGUCACCAUGGCCUCGGGACUACAAAAUUACAAGUGGAAACUAGCAAGGACAGUUCCCAUGGAAGUCUCAAAUCUGAAGGUGACAAAUGACGGCAGUUCAACCUCUCUAAAAGUCAAGUGGCAAAAACCUCUUGGAGAUGUAGAUUCCUACAACAUUACCCUGUCUCACCAAGGGACAUUUAAGGAAUCCAAAACAUUAGCUCCUCGUGUUACUGAAACUCAAUUUAAAGACUUAGUUCCUGGACGGCUUUACCAAGUUACCGUCAGCUGCAUCUCUGGUGAACUAUCUGUGCAGAAGAUGGUGGUGGGCAGAACAGUUCCAGAAAAGGUGAUUAAUCUGGUUUCAUACAAUGAGAUUUGGAUGAAGUCCUUCGCAGUGAACUGGACGCCCCCUGCUGGAGAUUGGGAGCAUUAUCGUAUCCUGCUCUUUAACGAAUCCUUGGUGCUGCUCAACGCCACUGUGGGAAAGGAGGAAACACACUAUGUCAUGGAUGCUGUGAAACUCAUACCAGGAAGACAGUACGAGGUAGAAGUCGUUGUUGAGAGUGGAAACCUGAGGAAUUCUGAGCGCUGCCAAGGCAGGGCAGUCCCCCUGGCUGUCCUCCAGCUUCGUGUCAAACAUGCUAAUGAAACAUCACUGGGCAUCACGUGGCAGGCCCCCUUAGGCGAAUGGGAGAAAUACAUCAUUUCACUGACUGACAGAGACCUCUUAGUCAUCCACAAAUCACUCUCCAAAGACGCCAAAGAAUUCACGUUUAUGGAUCUGAUCCCCGGAAGAAAUUAUAAGGCUACCAUCACCAGUAUGAGUGGAGAUUUAAAACAGUCAUCCUCAAUAAAAGGAAGAACAGUACCUGCCCAAGUGACUGACCUGCAUGUCACCAACCAAGGGAUGGCCAGUAGUCUGUUCACCAACUGGACCAAGGCCUUAGGAGAUGUAGAGUCCUACCAAGUUUUACUGAUCCAUGAAAAUGUGGUCAUCAAAAAUGAGAGCGUCUCCAGUGAGACCAGCAAAUACAGCUUCCAUGCUCUGAAAUCCGGCAGCCUCUACUCAGUGGUGGUGACCACAGUGAGCGGAGGGAUUUCUUCCCGACAGGUGGUGGCCGAAGGAAGAACAGUCCCUUCCAGUGUGAGUGGAGUAACAGUUAACAAUUCUGGCCGGAAUGAUUACCUCAGUGUUUCCUGGCUGCCAGCGCCUGGAGACAUGGAUAACUACCUGGUGACCCUCUCCCACGACGGCAGGGUGGUUCAGUCCCUCAUCAUUGCCAAGUCUGUCAGCGAGUGUUCCUUCAGCUCUCUCACCCCAGGCCGCCUCUACAACGUGACCAUAACCACCAGGAGUGGCAAUUAUGCAAGCCAUUCCUUCGUCGAAGAACGGACGGUUCCUGACAAGGUCCGGGGAGUCAGUGUUAGCAACUCUGCCAGGAGUGACUACUUAAAGGUGUCCUGGGUACAUGCCACUGGAGACUUCGAUCACUAUGAAGUCACCAUCAAAAAUAAAAACAGCUUCAUUCAAACCAAAAGCAUUCCCAAGUCGGAAAACGAGUGUGUGUUUGUUCAGCUCAUCCCUGGACGCCUGUACAGCAUCACCGUCAGUACCAAAAGUGGGCAGUACGAAGCUAGUGAACAAGGGAAUGGGAGAACAAUCCCAGAGCCUGUGAAGGAUCUCACACUUCGAAACAGGAGCACUGAGGACCUCCAUGUGACUUGGUCACUAGCCAAUGGGGAUGUUGACCAGUAUGAGGUCCAGCUGCUCUUCAACGAUCUGAAGGUCUUUCCCCCUAUUCACCUUGUGAAUACUGCAACUGAGUAUCAGUUCACCGCGCUCACUCCAGGGCGCCAUUACAAAAUCCUUGUCCUGACCAUCAGUGGCGAUGUUCAGCAGUCAGCCAUCAUUGAGGGCCUCACGGUUCCCAGUGCUGUCAAAAAUAUCCACAUUUCUGCCAAUGGAGCCACAGAUAGAUUGAUGGUAACCUGGACCCCUGGUGGUGGAGAUGUUGACUCCUAUGUGGUAUCAGCAUUCAGGCAGGAAGAGAAGGUUCAGUCACAGACUGUCUCUAAGCAUGUCUCAGAGUACACUUUCCACAGGCUGGAGGCUGGGGCCAAAUACAGGAUCUCCAUUGCUUCUGUCAGUGGGUCCCUGAGCAACCAGUUAGACGCGCCCGGACAGACAGUUCCUGCACCUGUCCAGGGAGUUGUUGCAGACAAUGCCUACAGCAGUAGCUCUUUAACACUAAGUUGGCAGAAGGCCAUUGGCGUGGCAGAGAGAUACGAUAUCCUGCUUCUAAAUGAGAAUGGGGUUCUCCUCAGCAACACAUCAGAGCCAGCUACUGCCAAGCAGCACAAAUUCGAAGAUCUAACGCCAGGCAAGAAAUACAAGAUGCAUAUCCUAACUGUUAGCGGAGGCCUCUUUAGCAAGGAAGCCCAGGCGGAAGGCCGAACAGUGCCAGCAGCUGUCACCAAUCUAAAGAUCACAGAGAACUCCACUAGACACCUGUCCUUCAGCUGGACGGCCUCGGAGGGUGAGCUCAGCUGGUAUAACAUCUUUCUGUACAACCCAGACAAAACACUUCAGGAAAGAGCCCAAGUUGACCCGCUAGUCCAGAAAUUCUCCUUUCAGAACUUGCUGCAAGGCCGGAUGUAUAAGUUGGUGAUUGUUACUCACAGCGGGGAGCUGUCCAAUGAGGCCUUUAUAUUUGGCAGAACAGUCCCAGCUGCUGUCAAUCAUCUCAAAGGAUCCAAUCGGAACAUGACAGAUAGCCUUUGGUUCAGCUGGAGUCCAGCCUUGGGGGACUUCGACUUCUACGAGCUGAUUCUGUACAAUCCCAACGGCACAAAGAAGGAAAACUGGAGAGACAAGGGCCUGACAGAGUGGCGCUUUCAAGGCCUCAUUCCUGGAAGGAAAUACACACUGUAUGUGGUGACUCACAGUGGGGACCUCAGCAAUAAAGUCACAGGGGAGGGCAGGACAGCCCCAAGUCCCCCCAGUCUCUUGUCAUUUGCUGAUGUUGCAAACACUUCCUUGGCCAUCACCUGGAAGGGACCCCCAGACUGGACAGACUACAAUGACUUUGAGCUGCAAUGGUCCCCCAGAGAUGCACUUACUGUCUUCAACCCCUACAGCAACAGAAAAUCAGAAGGACGCAUUGUAUAUGGGCUGCGCCCAGGGAGAUCCUAUCAAUUCAGUGUCAGGACUAUCAGUGGAGAUUCCUGGAAAACAUACAGCAAACCAAUUUCUGGAUCUGUGAGGACAAAGCCAGACAAGAUACAAAACCUGCAUUGCCGCCCCCAGAACUCGACGGCCAUCGCCUGUUCUUGGGUACCACCUGACUCCGACUUUGAUGGUUAUAGCGUUGAGUGCCGAAAGAUGGACACCCAAGAAAUUGAGUUUUCCAGAAAGCUGGAGAAAGAGAGAUCUCUACUCAACAUCAUGAUGCUAGUGCCUCAUAAGAGGUAUCUGGUGUCCAUCAAGGUGCAGUCAGCCGGUGUGACCAGUGAGGUGGUUGAAGACAGCACCAUCACUAUGAUAGACCGCCCCCCUCCGCCACCUCCGCAUAUUCGUGUGAAUGAUAAGGAGGUACUGAUCAGCAAAUCUUCCAUCAACUUUACUGUCAACUGCAGCUGGUUCAGCGACACCAACGGAGCUGUAAAAUAUUUCGCAGUGGUGGUGAGAGAGGCUGAUGGCACGGAUGAGCUGAAGCCAGAACAGCAACACCCUCUCCCUUCCUACCUGGAAUACAGGCACAACGCCUCCGUUAGAGUCUACCAGACCAAUUAUUUUGCCAGCAAGUGUGCUGAAAGUCCCGACAGCAGUUCUAAGAGUUUUAACAUUAAGCUCGGAGCAGAGAUGGACAGCCUUGGUGGCAAAUGUGAUCCCAGUCAGCAAAAGUUCUGUGAUGGACCUCUGAAGCCACACACCGCCUACAGAAUCAGCAUCCGGGCCUUUACACAGCUGUUUGACGAGGACUUGAAAGAGUUCACAAAGCCCCUCUAUUCGGAUACGUUUUUCUCUUUGCCUAUCACCACUGAGUCAGAGCCCUUGUUUGGAGUUAUUGAAGGAGUGAGCGCUGGCCUGUUUCUAAUCGGCAUGCUGGUGGCCCUUGUCGCCUUCUUCAUCUGCAGACAGAAAGCUAACCACGGUCGGGAAAGGCCUUCUGCCCGCCUGAGCAUCCACAGGGAUAGGCCUUUGUCUGUCCAUUUGAAUCUAGGCCAGAAAGGCAACCGGAAAACCUCUUGCCCCAUAAAGAUAAAUCUGUUUGAAGGGCAUUUCAUGAAGCUGCAGGCUGACUCCAACUACCUUCUCUCCAAGGAAUAUGAGGACUUAAAAGAUGUGGGUAGAAACCAGUCAUAUGACAUUGCUCUCUUGCCUGAGAAUAGAGGGAAAAAUCGAUACAACAACAUACUGCCCUAUGAUACAUCAAGAGUGAAGCUGUCCAACGUAGACGAUGACCCGUGCUCUGACUAUAUCAAUGCCAGCUACAUCCCCGGUAACAACUUCAGAAGAGAAUAUAUCGCCACUCAGGGACCGCUUCCUGGCACCAAGGAUGACUUCUGGAAAAUGGCGUGGGAACAAAACGUUCACAACAUCGUCAUGGUGACCCAGUGUGUUGAGAAAGGCCGAGUAAAGUGUGACCAUUACUGGCCAGCAGACCAGGACUCACUCUACUAUGGGGACCUCAUCCUGCAGAUGGUGUCAGAGUCAGUACUACCUGAGUGGACCAUCAGAGAAUUUAACAUAUGCAGUGAAGAACAGUUGGAUGCACACAGACUCAUCCGUCACUUUCACUACACCGUAUGGCCAGAUCAUGGAGUCCCAGAGACCACCCAGUCUCUGAUCCAGUUUGUGAGGACUGUCAGGGACUACAUCAACAGAAGCCUGGGAGCCGGGCCCACCAUAGUGCACUGCAGUGCUGGUGUGGGAAGAACCGGGACAUUCGUUGCCUUGGACCGGAUUCUCCAGCAGCUGGACUCCAAGGACUCCGUGGACAUUUAUGGAGCGGUGCAUGACCUAAGACUUCACAGGGUUCACAUGGUCCAGACUGAGUGUCAGUACAUAUAUCUGCAUCAGUGUGUGAGAGAUGUUCUCAGAGCCAGGAAACUACGCAAUGAGCAAGAAAACCCCCUGUUUCCAAUCUACGAAAAUGUGAAUCCAGAGUAUCACAGAGAUGCCAUCUACUCGAGACAUUAAAGAUGCCCCUGAAGAUACCCUGGAUAAAAGUUUUUCACUGUGUGACUUUUAAAAACCAGAUCUUGCUUCAUGCCCUGUGGAGGUGCCAGCUAUUUCUGUUGAUACUAUGUAUAAUUUAUUAAUCUGGAGAAUGUUAAAGAAUUUAUGUAAUUUAAAGGUAACAGAUAUUAUUGUAUAUAUACUUGUAUUUUGUAGUUUCUCCUGUAAAUAUGUAUUUUUCAUAAUGUUUAAUAUUAAGCUUUAUAUAAUACUAUUUUUCCACACUAAAGUGUUCAUGGCUUGUUCUACAUAAACUGAGUCAGCCUGUAUGACAGGACCACUGGUGAAUGUGUGUAGAGAAAGUUGCAAGGACACUCUCUGGGGCUGUUUCUUGCCUAGCUUGAUACCCACUGGGUGUGCAAAGAACAGAGUUGGAGAGAGCAUGCCACAAGAUUAGUUUUGCAUAGCUGCUGCUUUAUUAACGAACCCUGGGAUCUAAAGACGAUAAUGAUCAAAGAAAGACUAGGGUUGUGGCUGCACCUUGGUGGUAGAGCAUAUGUCAAGAAAUUAAAACAUAAAUUAAAAAACUGAAGGGUAGACAGCACCAAGGCUGAGCUGGGUGUUUUGUCUAAACUAGAAGCUUUUUUUCUGAGUCUUCCCAGGGUUACAAGCCAUGGUCAGCUUAAGGACCUUGAGACUUGCAGUGACUGCCGGGUUGAAGGUUCUGGUGGAGAAUAAUGCUAACAGAUGUGACAAAUCCCUAGUGACAAUAAUGCCAGCUGUUAUUCUGACUGUAACCUCCUGUACAAAGUAGGGUACAUCUCUUCAACAUUCAGACUUGGUUUUCCUUUGGAAAGAGCUAUUGUGGUAGAUCAUGUCCCUGAUCAAAGAAAGCAUGAUAUACAAACAAGUUUAUAGAAAUAUCUACAUUAUACAAGGAAUUAAAAAUAAAACCAGCUGUGCUUAGUCUUAAAAUCUUUCAAAAGAUCUUUUUUAAGUAAGCUGAUGCAGUUACAAUGUUGACUACCUAACUGAAGCUUCAUUUAAUAUAAUUAGCACCACACACCCUACCCAUUUCAUCUUUAAGAUCUGUGCCUUAUGUUGCCUAUAAACAUGCCAGUGCAUUAGAAAGUGGACAUUGACCAAAUCAAGGCCCAAUGCCUAGAUCUUUUCUGAGAAAGGUCCAGAAAAAGAAGUCGCAUUUGUUAAUUUCAGGGCUUCUUUUGCAGAAAUGUCACAUUUCUCUUAAACAUAUGUGUUUUUGGUACAUAUCGUAAAUUCCCGUAACAAAAAUGGAUAUAAUUGGCAUAACAAUUGAAAAUAGUUAGCUGUACCUAAAAUCACUGCAACUUUAGUUUAUAAAUAUAUUGUGAUAUUCAUGAUUAUGUAACUCCACACCCAACCUGGAAAUGUCUUAUGGGGUAUUUGAAGUUUGUGAAACAGAGGAACAGUUCCUAAGGGUGCUAGUGAACAGAAGUGAGGAUUCAGAGUCCUUACUGUGCUCUGUGACCUUGUGAAAACAACACUGUUAGUCUCUGAUCCUGUAUCCAGAAAUGCAUCGGACCUUUUGGACAGGAAAAAGAAGGAGCAGAGGCAUAAGCUUGGAGAUGCAUCACUAAGGGGGAAAUGGUCAGACAUGGUUUUGGUAUGGUAUCUGUUAGGAAUCAUUUUUCUUAGAAGAAUAAGGAAAACUAGGCUGGGAGAGCUGCAGUGACAUAGCAUGCUUGUGUGGCUGGCUCCAGAGGUCCCGCCCCCACUCCCCCAGCGCUCAAGCAAGAGAACAGAACAGGGUGUAAACAGAUGUUGCUUGUGCAGAGCACAUUGGUGAUCCGGAAAGAGAAGCUCAUUGAGAAAAGUUGCAGCAAGUGCCUGGAACCUGUCAGGCGCUGUUCCAAAACCUGUUUCUUUGUUGGCAAAGAGAAAGCAUAAUGACCGUGAAAUUAGCAUUGUAACUGUUUUGAAUAGAACUUAAGAGAGGGCCCAGGCAGGGGAUGAGGGCACAGUGGUUACCUUCUUGAAGGUACCUGCUAGCAAGCCACUACAUACAGAAGAGAAAGCGAAUAAAAUUGCACGAACCAGAAAUUACAACCACAAAAUACUGCAGGUCUGUCAUCAUAAAUGGCACUCGCACACCCUCAAAACAUCUGCGGGAGAAUCAAGGAAUCACAGAGACGGGCACAGCCACACAACCAGGGAAAAUCAUAUGUUCUUGUCGCCUAUUCCAGAAAGCACUGAUUUCUCCUUCUCUAUGCUAGUUUUUAAACCCCUUAGCAAUAAAUGUUUUGCUAUGCAGUCUCUCUCUCAGGAAGGUGAAAUACAAAUCUAGUUUAUCCACGUUGAAUUUAGCAGACAGCCAGGCUGGAAAUGGAGCUACUGGUAGUGUUUGCCUGUCAUGUGGGAGCCCCAGGGCUUCAUCUCAGGUACCACAAAAUAAGCAAGGAGAGAAAAGCAAAGGUUUCUCUGCCAUCCACCCCAUUGGAUGCAUCUCGCCUUACUGUGUCCUGUGGCUGUGCCUGUGCCUAGUAAACACCCCACCCGCUUCCUGCCUUGGCGGGCAUCCUGUCAGCACCUGAGCGCUGAUCUUCAAUCUGGGAGGCUUCAAAGCACUUCAAGGCUAUCCAGCCUUGAGAGAGUCUGUUUUGCAUCUUAGUAAUCAUUUGCCCAGGCUCCUUAUAAUUAACUCCUUUAAUCUCUUCACAUUAAGUCAAUUUUACGUUAUCAUUCUGCUUUUCCCUGGAAAGCUGCCAACUUUUCCACUCUUGGGUCAGACUUUUCAAAGACGCGUCUCCCUCUCCGGGCUUGCAGAUGUUCAUCUGAGGAGUUUCCCACCCUUCAGGGCCCAGGGCCCCCUUUUCCACUGUUUGCUCCUAUUUCCUAUGGGGUCGCUCCUGUGCCAGUGGGGUGUGAUUUUAUCUUCCGUCCAUCUCAUCUCCUUUCCUUCAUUGCUAACAUUCCACACCCUCAGGAUUAUAGCAGAGCCAUCAAGACUUAAUUUUUUCAACAUAAAAACGGUAACAAGGCAGCAAUUUGGGGUCAGUUAUAUUUAGGAGGCUCUGUAAUUAAUUUUGUUAUUACCUCUUGGAAGAAAUCCUAAAAAUGAUGCGAGAAAAAUAAUACGAAAUUGUUUAACAGAUGUCCAGCAACACAAAAAUAGGGCUCUCAUACUGCUUCUCUUAUCUUGGUGUUAAAGAUCUAACUUUUUUAUUAAACAUUUUUUGUUCCCUUGACCAAAAACAAAUGAUCUGCCAUGUACUAAAUUCUUGCUCAGUUGGUUUAUAGGCAUUUUGGAAGGUUGAAUCCUUGAAGCUACUAGAUCUGUAUAUUUGCCUCAGUGUGCCAGCCAUGGAACCCUCUAGAAUUUUUGUUCACACAAGCUGCCCAGACCAAAUCUGACCAUGCAAUGAUGAAUAAGCAAUAAGCUGCUUGUUUGUAGACACAGUUCAGAAGUUUUCUGAGUUCUGUUGAAACUUUGUUGAACUCGAAAACAAGGUCAUUGAAAAAAAAAUGAAUAUAAUUGACCAGACAAGAGUGGUUAAGAAGGCUUGAGCAGCCCCAGUGAGCAAGCCCUAAUCUCUGAGGUGUCAACAGAGAAAUGCUACAACUGCUCAAAUGCCCAUCUGGAAGAUUCUUAAUCUGAGCCUCAGAAAUGCACCCAGUGCUGAAUGAAUGUUUCCUAGCAAAAGGAACUUUAGACCAGGACUGUUAGACCAGGACCGCAGGGAGGAAGGAAAAUGAUGACAGAGGGGCGAGUCUUCCUUCUUUGGGAGGUUCUUUAAAAAUCUCAUCAUGUAAGUAUUUAUUUAUUUCUACUAAGACAGAUGGAUUGACCACCCCCAGUCCCCAAAGCUGAAACUCAAAAUGCUCCAAAGUCCAAUGUGUCAGAACAUACUGACACAGUAGUAUGUUCUACAGCUAGCCUCCUUGUGUGAUGUGUCAGUCAGAACACAGGACCAUUAAAACUGCCAAGUGAACUUACCGUCAGCUCUGUGUACAGGGAAUGUGGGAGACAGAAAUGAAUUUCAAGCUCAGACAUGGGAUCCAUCCUCAAUAUUCAUAUUAUAGUCGUUCAAAUAUGUCAAACUUAUUUUUAAAGUCAAACAGAUUCUGAUCACAAUCAUUUCAGGUAAGGAAUCUUGAACCCGUAUUACUGUGGCUGGGAUUCACUGUGACUAUGCCAUUUGCAAUUUAGCUUAUUGGACAAUUGAAUUGGAUUCAUUUGGUUUUUUAACUAACCAGAUAUAUGACUCAGUUUACAGCAUCUGUCACUGCAGACACAGCACCUUAGUGUCUUACAGUAUAGGGUAACUUUGGGAGUGUUUUGGCCAUUUCAGUUGAGAUUCAGGGUGACAUUCGAUUCUGCCAUGAUAACAGAAAAAAAAAUCUGUUCUCUUCUAAAAAUGUGUCUAGCAGUGAAAACAUUUCUGGCUGAAAGAACACUUGUCUUGUAUGGAGGCUUCCUUGGAAUAAAUGUAUGCAUUUUACUUUUUAAAGGAUUAUCUAUAUAGAUAACAUUCAUCAAAUAAGGAAAUUAUUGGUGAAAGCUCCCAAAGUAGAAGUUUAUGUCAUGGAAAUAAAAGAUGUAUUAAAAGAUUUACCAAAGAUUGGUUUUUAACCUAUAUGCCAAUGCACUUGGUCUUACAUAAGAUGCCAAAGUAAGUCUUUCAAAACUGUGAAUCUUGUCAGACAAAUGUAAUGUGUCCCUUCUUAGAAUAGUCACAAGAAGGAUUAGUUUGGGCUGUUUUCUGCCUCAAGUAAUUUCUUUUAAGAAACACUAUCUUGCCCCAAGAGCAAGCUUUUCCAUUAUGUCUGAGAUGUAUUUUAAUAGCUAUGUGUGUGAGUAUGCCUUACAGGGAGAAAGGAACACCUGUGACUUUGAUUUUAGAAGCCCAGUAGAGAUGACCAGCCUCCAUCUGCUGGUUAAGUGGGAAGGUCUAAACCAGAGUUUAGAGUCUUUCUGAUCUCAGCCAUACUCCAAGAGAAGGCACCAGUGCCCCAACUUAAAAAGCACUUCAUCUUGGCCAGUGUUUAUGAGGCUUAAAAGUUCUCGGUCUUGUAAAUUCUCCAAGAACAAAGGGGCAAGUUUGUCUUCUCAACUUCCACUUCUAGAGAAUAGUUCACAGUUCACAUGUACAUGCAUGGUUUGGAGUGGAAGCUGCUCCUGGCUGUGUGCUUAGGAUGUUAGAUCAUGUCUAGUAACCCUAAAGUCCACAGAAGUGAAGCUAGCUGCUCCUUCAUCUGUGUGAAGCAUACAUAUAUAUACUGUAAAUAAAUCCAGCAGCUGAACUUAUUAUGUUCUAUAAUAGAGCACUUUCAUGGUUUUAAAAUCAUUUACAUGUUCUCUGCAAAUAUAGUUAAAAUGGCAAUAAAUCUAUUUUUUUCAAUACCAUAGCAUCUACCCACACUAUUGCAUUUGUAACCAACGUUGUUUGAACAAAGAACCGCGCUGGUCUUUCUAUUUAAAUAAUGUAUGUGCUUAAUAUAUUUUCAGAUUUGUAAUUGUGGUUAAAAGAGCCUAUAUGGAAUCUUGCACACACCCUCCCCAAUGUAGGAAUAAAACUGCUGCGUGUUGAAA